CGGCUCGUUAAGUUCUUUGGGGCGGGAGAACAGACGCUAGGCUUACUUAUGCCUCGCCCUGUGUGAACUCAAUUGGGAAAGGUGGCGCUGGCUGGGAGGGUAGUCACUGGAGGUCUCAUUUACCUCCCAAGGCUCAUGGCCCAGUCCCUCCCUACCCCACGUUUGUGGCAGAGUUAAGCUCUAAAGAAGUUACCAUGGUCAUACCUGCCUCAAUAAAGAACAACUCACGAAAGAUCCUCCUAACUAGCUUCCCAUUCUCUCUCCUUCCACUGCUUUUAGAGCUUCAUGUUUUUUAUGUUCCGGAAGAAGUGUGGAACUUCAAGUUGAAUACAGUUCCGGUAGAUGUUAUUAGCAAAUUCUUUUCGGCUGGAUUUAUAAGGGUGUCACCUCAUAUGACAUUGAGAACACUGAGAGAGCAGCUUGGAGAUUACCUAGGUGAAGAUGCAGUUGUGGAUCAAUAUAUCUUUCUAAAAUGUAUAGGGAAGAAACUUGCAGUGGUGAAAGCAAAGCAGGAGACAGAACUGAAGCUCAAAUCAUUUGCUCCUCCAUAUGCAUUUCAUCCAGAACUGUAUUUGUUACCUGGAGUAGAAAGUAUUUAUUCAUCUUCAUCAUCAACUCCAGAGAGAUACAAGAAUACAGAAUAUAUACAUGCAUAUACAUCAUAUCUUAGACCACCUAGUUUGUCUGAUCCAGAUCAUGAAGUUGGUCAAAACCCCAAAAUUUUGGAGAGCUCCUCAAAAAAUCAACUCGGUCAGACUCAGGAUAAAAGUAAUUUAAUAGGAUGGAAUAAAACGAAAAUGGGAAGUGUUCCAUGUUUGCCUGUAACACGGAGCUCUAAGCAAGAAAAGAAUGAAAGGAUUCAAGAAAAAUAUAAUUCACAAAGAAGGGAAGGAGGAAUUAGUUGUAACACAGACCAAAGAGAAUCCAUUACAUCUCCCUAUAUAUUGCAAGAUUUCAUUUCUGCAAGACAGAACUCUGUAAAAAAAUCCACAUCAGUAAAAAUGCCUAAGAGAAAGCCUUUAAGUCAAGCUCAAGAAAGGCAUCAUACUCCCAGAAAGAGCAAGAAAUGCGACGAGUCUGUUGCAUCUUCACAUGUAAAUCAGGAUUGCAAGCAAGAGGAAAACAAACCAAUUCAAGUAAAUCGCAUCCCACAGAAGACAAAAGAAGAAGCCUCUAUCAAGUUGGAUGCAAAUACAGAAAAUGAAGGUAAUGUGGCAAGCAUUGGAAUGGGAAGACAUACCACAGGGGAUUCAGGAAUUCCAGAAUCCUUGGAGGAGAGAGAUAUGGACUAUUUACACAGUAAGAGGAGCCAACAGCAUCCUGGAAUUGCCAAGUCUAUUGCUGACACUGGUAGUGUGCAAGAUAGCCAGACUGAUGAAAAUAAUCUAAAUGACUUUGCACAUCCAAGUCAGUAUCUUUCCCCUCCUACUCCACCUCUACUGGCUCUGUCUGUAAAUAGGGCUGAAGUUCCCAACAGAAUAUUUCCAACAGAGGGAAGUGAGUUGGUUAGACAGCUGCAACAUAUCAAGACAGAAAGAAAGCAUCUGGAAAAGACCAGAGAAGAGCUGGUUAAAAAAGUGAAAGGCUUACUUGAACAGAACAAGCUCAGGAGAUAUCAUGCCCGUGAUUCCUGGAAGAAGAAAUAUUUUGAAGCUAAGAAAGUCACAGCUUCCUUGGAAGAAGUUUUAAAUAAACUCCAGGAAGAUUUAGAACUUCACUACCAGAAAUUAUUGAUGCAGCUAGAAGCUAGGGAUAUUAGGAAAAAACGAAAUAAUUCAACACAUAUUGCUAAUUCAAGGAAUAAUACAAUAGUCCAGAUUACCACGCUGCAGCAUGAAAUUGACCAACUAAGGAGAAAGCUUGAUAAUGUGAAAAUGAAGCUUGUCAUAGAAAUUAAGAUGAGAAAGCAGGCAGCUUCUGAUUUACGAGCACUGAAGGCAGAAUUGGCACACAAGAAAGUUCAGUCAUCUUUUAAACUCCAGUCUGAAAAAGAAGUAUUUUAGCUGGCCCAUUAAUGAGAUUCUUCACUGCAUAUUUGUACUUACAAAACCUGUUUCUUUAAACCUUAAUUUAAUUAUAGCAGAGAUGUUAUGUCUGUUGAAAAUGAAUGUUGAAAAACAGUAAUUCAUUGCUAAACCAAUCUGUAGUAAUCCAUUACUUAUUACCCCAGUUCAGCAAUAGAAAUCCGUGUGGGAGGGGGAAAUCCCACUUUUGUGGACUGAAAUGGCAUAGCUUGGGGAGAGAAAAAGCCUGACUACAAUACAGUGUUGCUCUAGUAGAUAUCUUUUUUUGAACGGUGAAGAGCCACCUGGAUUGACUCCGAGUCCCUCUUCCCACCCCCAGGUGUUUAACAUGCUUUUGCUUGAGGCUUCACCCUAACAGUGCAUAUUGCCUCUUUGACAGGGCUGGUUCUGAUGUGCAGCUGUGCAUACGGACAGUCACCUGCUAUUACUGUAAAAUCCUUGGAUUGAGGGAAACAACAAUUAUAAGAAACCUAAAUGAAGAAAACAAAGAGCUAUUAGUAAA